GCAGUCCCUGCGAGACGUCGAAUCCGCAACACGCGUUCACCGAACACCAUCACUACUCAGUGCUAUCUAGUACGGCCGACCGCGCGCCCGCCCAGUCAGUCCCGCGUUCCCUCGCAACACCAAUGCAUACAUACCGCGCGCGAGUCAAAUUAAAGUGACCGAACAAAUGGGAUAAAAAGCCAACAAACUAUUUCAAACGGUGAUCUUAAGCAAAGACAUUACUGAUUUUCGUGUGAUACUAGUUAAUAAGUUAGUUACGUUAAUUAGAUUUAAGUAGUGUUUACUUUGUGAGUGUACAUGUGUUGCAAAAUGGAAGAGCACGGAGAGACCAAGGACCGGCUGCAAAGGGCGCCGUUCGAGACCGCCCUGCACCACGCCGGCUAUGGCCUGUUCCAAUGGCUGCUGCUCAUGUCGUGCGGCGCAGUGUAUGCUGUUUGCGCGAUCAGCACCACCACCCUCAGCUUUGUGCUGCCGGCCGCGGAGUCGGACUUCAACCUCACCUCCAGCGACAAGGGGCGGCUCACAGCUACACCGCUUAUUGGCAUGUGCGUGGGCUCGUACUUCUGGGGCAACCUGGCGGACGGGCGCGGGCGCAAGAAGGCCAUCAUCGGCGCGCUGCUGCUCGACGCCACGGCUGCCUUCGUCUCCAGCGUGGUGCAGUCCUUCCCCGCCUUCCUGGCUUGCAGGUUUUUCUCGGGUUUCGGCAUCAUCGGCGCCACGGGGCUCAUCUUCCCUUACUUCGGGGACUUCCUCUCGCUGCGGCACCGUGACGUCAUGCUGUGCCGGCUGGAAGUAUUCUGGACAAUCGGCACUAUUUUGUUGCCAGGUAUUGCCUACGGCAUCAUCCGAGGCGAUACAUUCAACCUGACGGCGGAAGACGCGUCUUUCACCUACAACUCUUGGAGAGUGUUCGUGGCUGCUUGCGGAAUUCCCUCCCUCUUGGUGGUGUUAUUGCUGAUGCCUUUCCCAGAGAGCCCGAGGUUCCUCCUCCACGUGAACAAGGGAGAAAAAGCGCUUCAAGUGCUGAAGAGGAUCUUCGUGGUUAACACGAAGUUGAGUGAGAAGGAUUUCCCUGUGGAGUCCAUGAUCAGCUCAGAAGACGGCGAAGAAGAGGAGAUAGUCUCAGGCGAUAGAGACAGGAACGGCAAUGAAACUAAGACGCCCUUGACUUGGAACCAGCGCUGGGAAGCGUUCUGGGUCCGCAAGAAGAUGCUGGUGACGCCGCCUUAUAUCGGCCUUCUAGUGCUCUGCUGCUUCGUAGACUUUGGACUUAUGUUCAGUUACUACACACUUAUGAUGUGGUUCCCGGACCUCUUCGAGCGGUUCAGCCAGUUCACGUCGCUAUACCCGGGCGUGUCGGCCGGCGUGUGCGAGGUCUCGCUGCGCGUCGCCAACGAGACCAGCCCCGCCACCAUCGUCGAGAACGUCAUCGCGGUGAGUGUGACGUCACACGCCAUGUGUCCCGGACUGUACCUCUAG